AUGCUCCAAAUUUGCCGCGCUGAGGACGGUCAUGUCUUCCAGGUUCUCUCUAUUAGCUCAAGUCUAAGUUUUGAACCUGAAGCUGACCAACACAAAGGUAAACGCGGGCGUACGGGACAUCGAACGAUCAGGACCGGCAGUCUGGAGCUCUUCAUCCAGCAAGAAACCGGAAUUGACCAGCAAUACAUACUUGCAUACCUUCCUGACGGGCGACGAUUGACGAAUGCCAAUUUGAGGGAACUGAGUGGGUCGCAAACACAAGUACGCAAUUACCAUCCCACAGCACCUCAUUUCACUCAAUUUUCCAUUUUGCGCGAGCUACGAAUAGACGCGCCCCUGCAACCUCCCAUCGAAGAUGAUAUUGCUGCCACCCCUCCCUUCCGUCCUUCAAUCCUUGCCUCAUCCUACCUUCGUACCGCACAAAUACACCGAGACCAUGUCCAUAACCUGCUUUCGAGCAUUCAUUGUCAACACGAAGCCAUCCAAGUUGCUCUCACAAGUCUAGAACACAAUGUGCUCCAGAUAGGCGACACAUUUGAUAGUAUUUCUACUGCGUCGCGGAGGGAGUUGGAAAAGCAAGGGGUGCUGCUCGCUGGUGUGGACAGCGACUUAAUGAUUAUUGGCCGGGUUCGAAUCCAUCCCGAAUUCAUGUCGGCGGCUAUGCGUGUGGCAAUUGAAGCAGGUGAACGUCCGCGCACCUUGGGGGACUACGUAUCGACGGCCAAGAUGCGGUCUGUGGCCCACACUUGCGCCGACACGCAUGAUCAACUGCAAGCCCGCUUCUCUCAAAUUGAGAGGGCAGUAUCCCAACUUCAGCAAGGAACCCAUUCGGUUCGGUCGGCAGUUAUCAACACGAGUCUUUUGGAUGAUGCAGAGACAUGCGCGAGGCGCUCGCAGGAUGCUUUCGAUAAGAUUUCUCAUAGUACUGGUGUCCUCGAAGGCCAUGUUCCUGACCCAGAUGGAGUCUUACAAGAGCUUCGUCAGCUUGACUUUUCCCUCCGUCAAGAACUGCAGUUCAUUGCCAAUAUCAAGAACUCCUAUACUCAACACUCCAUAAACGCCCUAAGAACCAUCAGCAUGCUCAAUAACGAUAUGGUCCAAAUUCCCCCUUCGUUGGUUAUUGUGCAAGCUAGCUUCCGAAACAAGAACAGCUUUCCUCAUAUACAACGACUGCACAAUAUGCUCUACGCCUAUGGAGCUACAGUCAUUGAGAUUGUGAGGCGAAAAGAAUUUUCAAGAUUCUUUUAUCAGCGAGCACAAAGCAUUCUUGAGGUUAUGGCCAAGCUUUCGGCCAAUGAACGUAAGAGGCGGCAGGUCCAUCGAGGCGAGGUCCUUGGACAACUGCCCUUCACCAUUCGAGGGAUGGAUGAUCCUGUCCCGACCAUCGACUUCUCUCCCACUGGAAGCGUAGACUCGUCAUACUCCCUAGAAAGAGAUGAUGUUGAUGGCAUCGUUCGCAUAUUGGAUGAGCUCGAAGACGCUUCCAGAGCGGAGAAUGACCCCAUGGCGCUCACCGCCAUUCGAGAGUGUCGAAUAGCCCUCGACAAACUGGUGGUUCGGAUGGAUGGCCUGGAAGCAAACUUCGAUCGCAUCGCGGAGCGUUCCUUGCUAUCUGCUUCGCGUCUUUCCAUGUCUCGAAGGCGAUCCACUGAGGCCGAUGAGCAAGCAAUUCAAGAACUCGUACAGCAACUUCAGGAGGCUACAGAUGUCCAAACGCGACAGGAAUCUCUCUUCAAAGAAGAACGUUAUGGAAUGCAAGGUCAAAUACAUCGUCUGCAAGCCGAGCUUCGCGAGGCACAAGCAACAGUCUCUACUGAGCAAACCCGAGCAGAACGAUUAGAGCGGGAGCUGGAGCAACUUCGUGCUCACGUGGAGACCGAGAGCAAUAAGCGGAGAAUUGUGGAGGAUAGAAACGGUCAUUUGAGUGACGACAUGGAAAGCCAGCGACAAGAACUAGCUAUCGCUUUGGCCGACGCAACAGAGCAGACGAAAAUCGCGGAAUCCCUUCGUCAAGAGCUUUCUCAAGCUCGGGCUGACUUCGAGGAUGUUAAAACACUCGAGUCACGGAAUGGGCAGAAAGUCGCGCUUUUACUUGAGGACCAAGCAAAUAAUCUGCGGCUCUUGGAGGAGGCGCGGGCGCGAGGCGAAGAUCUGGAGGAGCAAAUCAAGGCUGCUCGGGCUGAAAGCACAAAAGUUGACGAAGCGUUGAAGGAGGCUAGUCGGGACAAAGAUAGACUCCUUCGUGCCCAGGCGACUGAGCAUGAUCGCAUUAUUCGUGAUCACAUUGCGGAGGCAGAUGGAGAUCGUGCCGUGCUUGAACGCCAGUUUCAUGAGCUGAAGGCGGUCCAGGAGCAUACCUUACGCCAACUGGACGGGGCUAGGGCUGAGGUUGAAGUCGCAACUGCCGAUGCUCAAGGGAAACGCGAAGAGCUCGCUCGGAUUGAGCGUGAGCUGCGUGAGGCAAGACAUGCCGAACGUGUCUUAAGAGAAGACCUUCGAGCUGGUCGCGCAUCACAGUCGAGCUUCGAACAACGGUUGGAGGAUAGUGGUCGUCUCGUUGCCCAGAUUCUCGAUGUUGCUUUGGCUUUCCGCAACGCGCAUGUUAAAGCUUUGCAAGCGACACAACUCAUGAAUUCCCAUCCAGGCACCACCGCAAAGUCUACUGCUGGUCUCGCGGAGUCAUUUUCACCAUCCAUUCGCCAUGGUAUUAUCAGUCAGUUGGACGAGCCAUCUCCGAUCGACCCAUCGGAACCGGCUACUGCCUUGGAGGUGUUGAGGUCAUUUGACCACGACCACUUCUUGGAAGCUAUAACGAAAACGGGCUCUACAAUUCGGAAAUGGCAAAAGCAGUGCAAAGAAUACCGGGAGCGUGCGAAGGGCAAGAUCUCAUUCCGAAAUUUCGCCAAGGGCGAUCUGGCUCUGUUCCUGCCCACCCGAAACUCAGUCUCGAAGCCAUGGGCAGCAUUCAAUGUCUCCUUCCCGCACUAUUUUCUCCAAGCGACAGGCCAUCUUGCCGAACAGCUCAAGACCCGUGAGUGGAUUGUGGCACGGAUAACUUCGAUAACGGAACGUGUUGUUGAUCAUAACGACGCCUCUAGCAAUCCAUAUGGCCUUGGUGACGGAGUCAAAUAUUAUAUGCUAGAGGUUGAAGACUGGACUCAAAACAAUGCCCAGAAUAAGCGUCGGCCGUCUUCCAGGAAAACGUCAAGAGACCAACCGCCUUUGUCUACUGCACCAGCUCCCGCGGUCCCUCCCGAUCCUGCCGAAACCGAAGAUACCUUCAUGACGAAUCCACCAGCCAGCUUACAUCUUUUCCCCGUGCGAGCCCGUACAAGCUUAAGCACAUCACCUCCUGUUCGACCAUCUUCUCUUUCGCGAUUAUUAGCACAAGCCCCUUCUCCAUUAGAGCCGCCUUUGGACCCGGAGCCGGAACCUUCUUCGUCCACAAAUAAACCGGAUUCACCGUCCUCCCCGCCACCACCGACUUCUCCAUCACAACUUCAAACCGGUUUACCGGGCUCGAUCCCACAGCAUGUCGCCUCCCCGCUCCGACCAGGCUCGCGAGCGUCACGUAUCUCAACGACAUCACGAUUUUCCGUCGGUCGAAUACCGGGUUUGGGAAGUGCUUCAUCAGGGUCCCCAGUCACCAAAGCGCCACCAACUACGGCACUAGCCGGACUUUCCGCAUCACCAUCUUCUCCAGACGAUGCCAAUCCCUUCCGGGAGUCGAGUGCGAGUACGCCAUCCCCAAACGAGUCGGUGACUGAGGGUGUUUCGAAUGUGUUGAGACAUAGUCGACGAAGGACGACAUCAUAUCACGUUCCGCGAACCUCGCCUCUUGCACCGAGCAUUGUAUCGGAAAGCACGAGUACCAGCACAGUCACGGCUCGCCCCGCAGCGUCGACCAUGAAUUCCAGCAACACCCUUGCCAAUUUCGCGAGUAGCUGGGGUAUGUCCUUUGGACGGAAGAAGAAGGCCGAAGUGGACGCUGCCGCGGUUAUAGAGGAUGGCGAUCACAAUAGAACGCUGGGAGCAUCAUCGUCGACAGCAACAGAAAUGUUGAAGCGAUUUUGA